AUGAGACAGUUUGACAUGAUCACCUUGAGUGUGUCAUUAAAGAUGUCACAUUCCGGGACUGUCUCCAUUAAGGAGUUUAAAGCACCAUGCAUGCGACACAACGGGGAUUGCGCGCACGACACAGUGCGGCAAUGGGAUGUGGCGAACAGCCGGUGUCGUCGAACACCAAUAAAAAUUGUUAUUGGGGGAGGAGCUAAUAAAUUGACCACAAACUGUAAGUGCUUUAUAAAAAAAAUGAGAAAAAUGGCCAUUAAGGAAAACAAGUCACAGAAAUCAUUUUUGCAAAGAUUGGAUGCUGCUAAGACUCCGAGCUGCAGCCAAUUGUUUAAUAAAAAUUUUAAUAAAAUGUCACAACAAGCCCAAGAUUUUCUACUCAUGCAAUUAAAUGUGGCAAACAGAAAGAAGAAGGCAAUGAGAUACACUACGAACGAAAAGCAUUUGGCAUUGACUCUAAUGAACGAAAGCCCAAAAGGUUAUAGGUUGUUACAAAAAAUAUUUAAUUUGCCCAAUAAAAGAACACUAAACCGUCUUGCUGAAAAGAAAAUAUUCAAUGUAGGGCUAAAUGAUAAUAUUUUUGAGUACUAA